GCCACAAAUUUGUCACUGAAGGGGAAUAUGUUGAUAUGACAGCGAUCACUAAAGAACAGUCGGGAUCGUAUGAAUGCAUCUCCUCCAAUGACAUCUCAGCCCCAGAUGUGAGGACGGUGAAAGUCACAGUCAAUUGUAAGCAUAAAAACAAACAAUGACGCCAAACACCUCAACACUCAAACAAAUAAAUAGUCCGCUAAUUUGGCUCUUUUAUCAGCUGCAUGGUUUUUCAAGGCUGUUGUUGAUCCAAUCUUGUUUUAAGAGCUUACUGGGGUUAUUAAGUUCAUUUAAGAAGCCUUUUGUUAGUUUAGCAUGCUAGCUCGAAUGUACAUUGGUAUCAACAGAAAACAUACUGAAGGACUUUUCAGAUUAUUCAGAAUAACAGAUACUUCACCUGUUUGAAACAGUUCAGUUUAAAGGACAUCAAAUUAAUGGUUAUGAGGUAGGUAGACACAGCAAUAUGACAUCAUUCACAAAAGCAUCAUUUCAAUCUUUCAAGACAGCAAAAACAGUCUGUUUCCAAUGUGCACCCUCCCGUGAGGUAUACCCACACUAGGAAUACCCAAUAGUGUCAGUCUUGGUAGAUCAGAAUGUUGGUGUUGAUUUCUUUAAGCAGGAAGUUGCCCAGCGGUGUGUGAUGAUGUCAUAUUGCUGAGUCUACCUUUAAUGAUAAAAAUGGAUAUGUACCGCUAUAAAACUAAUUUAAUAACCUCAAUGUCAUGCAUCCUACAGACGCUCCCUUCAUUUCGAAGGCCAGGAGUACAGGUACCCCAGUGGGCCAAAAAGGGGUGCUCCAAUGUGAGGCCUCUGCUGUUCCUGGUGCAGAUUUUGAGUGGUACAAAGAGGACCGCAGGUAAGUCCUUACAUGUUUUAAUUUUUUUAAUAUAGUCUAUGUUUUAAAUGUCCAAUGCAGCCAUUUAAAUCUCAAUAUCAAAUCAUUUCUGGGUAACAAUUAUGUACCUUACUGUGAUUGUUUUCGAUUAAAAUUGUAAAAAAAGAAACAUAAAUAGCUUCUUAGCAAAGAGCAAUUUCUCAAGCAAGAAUUUUGUUAGGACUGUCUGGGAGUGGUCUGAGUGGGGAGGGGGAAACUGAAAAGUAGCUGUUAUUGGCAGAGAGGUUUGGAACUGCAUUUCUUAUUUGUCUAGUAACUAUUAUAAACCGGGUAGUUUGGAUACUGGAUGCUGAUUGGCUAAAGCAGCAUUCAGCCGUGUGUAUGUGAGAUCGUAUACCACGUUUUGCCUUUUCACCUUGAUAUCAUUGCACCUUUUCACCUUGAUAAAAUGGCUACAUCAACAAUAGUUUGACAUGCCCAUGUAGAAAAUAAGUGUUUAAAUGAACUUGAGACAAACAAGAACAAUGUGAAACAAACAAAGUGGGCACUUACCUGCUUCACUGACUGGUGUGUGGAAAAAUGAUACAUUGUGAGUUUGGGAAUACAACAAAAACGGAGCUGAACGACAUACUAUAGGACUUUUAUGGUUCAGUAAGUAACAAGAAUGGCGAAGAAUAUGGGAUUAGCAGCUACACUGGACAGUUUCUCAUGGAAUAUACAGAAGGACACCGAAUUCACAACAAGCAACAAUGUGUUUGUCGGCGUAAUUAAAAAGUUGAGGAAAGAGGGGCGCGACAAAGCUGCCUACACUCAGCAGCUCAUCAAACAAUCUAAGGCUCUGGACACUGAAACACCUGAUGGUUUGGUGAACAAAGUAUGGUUUGAUGUUCAACUUCAUUUUGGUCGAAGGGGGAAGGAGGGAAACCGUCUGCUGAAACCUGAUUCAUUUAAUAUAUGUACAGACGAGAAUGGCCUACAGUAUGCGACUCUCUCAUUCAACAAACCCACAAAAAACCACAAGGACUCGCAGGAGAAGAACAGGGAGAGUGGAAGGGGAUUCAUGUUUGAACUGCCGGGUGAUCCCCUCUGCUCGGUAGCUUCGCUUAAGUAGCAUCGAUCCCUCAUUCCCUCCAACGCCCCGGCGUUUUACCUCCUCCCGAAAUGGAAAGAAGUGAACGGAUACAUAUGGUAUGUAACUGUUAGCUAGCUAGCUAAAUCAAAUUUACAAUAUAACUGGUAGCUAUGUAGGCCUAACUAUUAGCUAACGUUAUUGUCUUUUAUAUGUUUCAGGUACACAAAAGAGCCGAUGGGAAUGAACACCCUCGCAACAAUGUUGGCAAAGAUCUGCAAAAUAGCUGGCACGUCGCAUAUUUACACAAACAACUGCCUCCGAACCACCAUGAUCCAGAAACAGUUGGAUGCCGGACUAGAGGCACGAGAAAUAAUGUCUGUCAGUGGACACAGAUCCGAAACCUCUCUUCAAAGUUACUGGAGGCCAAAUCUGGAAGCGAGGAGCACUAUUCUCUCUGACAACAAAGCAGCAACUCCCCCAGCAAAAAUAAUGGCAUCCAUAUCCAGCAGCAUGGAUCCAACAAACGACAACAUAGGCAAGCCAACAACAAACAAUAACAUGGGACCAUUUUUUCAUUCGUGCACAAUAAAUGGCAUCAUUCAGAUCAACAUUAAUAAAUAAUUGCCAUGUGUUAGUCACUCUAGAAGUGGCACUAAUGCUCUGUUUUUGCAUACAUGUAAUGUAAGCUUGCUAGCUAGCCUGUGGUUAUGUUGCAUAGCAACAAGUCUAGCAACGAUACUUUUGUUUGGACUGCUUUUUCUGGCAGAAUGUAUUUAUUAUGAAUUUAUUUAUUAAAACUAUAUUUUCAAUAUAGAUGUGUCGUUCUUUGCCUUACUGUGUUGGCAAACGGUUUAUAAAAGCAAUAAGGCACCUCAGGGGUUAGUGAUAUAUAGCCUAUACACCACGGCUAAGGGCUGUAUCCAGGCACUCCACGUUGCGUCGUGUUAAGAACAUCCUUUAGCCAUGGUAUAAAGAAAGCGGUGUAAUGUACUUAAGUAAAAAUACUUUAAAGUACUACUUUUUUUGGGGCUAUCUGUACUUUACUUUAAUAUUGAUAUUUUUAACAACUUUUACUUUUAUUUCACUACAUUCCUAAAGAAAAUAACUCCCUGACACCCAAAAGUACUUGUUACAUUUUGAAUGCUUAGCAGGACAGGAAAAUGGUCCAAUUCACACACUUAUCAAGAGAACAUCCCUGGUCAUCCCUACUGCCUCUGAUCUGGCGGACUCACUAAACACAAAAGCUUUGUUUGUAAAUGAUGUCUGAGUGUUGGAGUGUGCCCCUGCCUAUCCGUAAAUAAAUAAAAAAUAAUUAAAAAAUUGUGCCAUCUGGUCUGCUUAAUAUAGGCAAUUUGAAAUGAUUUAUACUUUUACUUUUACUUUUGAUACUUCAGUAUUUUUUGCAAUUACAUUGACUUUUGAUACUUAAGUAUAUUUAAAACCAAAUACUUUUAAACUUUUACUCAAUAGUAUUUUAUUGGGUGACUUUCAGUUUUACUUGAGUCAUUUUCUAUUAAGGUAUCUUUACUUUUACUCAAGUAUGACAAUUGGGUACUUUUCCCACCAUUGUAUUUAGGCCAUAUACCACUCUUCCGCCUGGUGGUCAUUAGACAGGCCAAAACUCUGUUUUUCAAACAGCUCUUACACUAAAAGGGCAUUGUCAUCAUUUUCACAAUUUUGACUGCACUGGGCCUUUAAGGGUCUCAGCCUUUUGUUGGUUGUUAGGAGAUUUCUAUCCCCCAGUUUUUUUUAUUUUCCACAGGCAACAUUUAAUUUUGUAUCAUUAUAACUUACUAUUCAAAUUACAUUGCUUUCUUUGGAGGAGAACCAUCAUGGCCAAUAAGGUCGAGUUGUAUUUGUUUUUGCAUAAUUAGUAUCUGUCAAUGGGGCUGCUUUGCCUGCACAACCUCUGAGAAAGUAGAUGGGUUUUUAUAAUGAAUAACUACACUUCACAAAUAAAUCUUGUUUCGAAACGAACCGGCACAAGCCAGUGAAGAGUGGGGAAUAUUAGCGGUGCAGUCAAAGAGAAAAUGUUACACAAUGCAGAUUGUUGUACAGCGAUGCAGAGCUGUCGUCUCAGCACGACCCAGUAUUAGGGCUCUAGAGACUUAUUUCAGAAGUAUUUUUGUCGAUGUAAGUUCCCGAGACUAAUAGUCUUUACCUAGCAGCCAUGCUUGUGCUAAACCCUUCUCAAUUACAUACACAUACACCAGUGGAGGCUGCUGAGGGGAGAAUGGCACAUAAUAGUGUCUGGAACGGCACAAAUGGAAUGGCAUUAAACACAUGGAAACCAUGUGUUUGAAGUAUUUGAUAACAUUCCACCUAUUCCGCUCCAGCCAUUACCAUGAGCCCGUCCUCCCCAAUAAGUGCACCACUCCGUGACAUCACCAAUACCUCACAGUGACAAUGGCCUUGUCACAAACUGCUGGAUUUACUGACAUGUCACAGCAAUGUCAACAUAUGGGUGUCCAAUCGGCGAACUUAUACAUUACAAAACCAAAACGUGCAGAUGAAAUGGAUUUAUAUUAUACCGUCUGAAUCCAGUGUAUACUAGCAGUCAGGGAGCAUAGACAUCCAAAACAAUGGAUAGAGAGCUAUUUUUUGCUAAUGUUGAUGGGAAGGAAAUAUUUUUAGAAAUUAGUGCGGCCCUCCGGACAUUGUUGAAGACCGGAUGCGGCCCCCGAGGCAAAAGUAGUUAGACACCCCUGGACUACACCUUCAAACCAUAUCCCCCAAUCGGCCAAAUUUGAUUGAGAUAAGAUGUAGCUUUUAACUUCACAGCUAUAGGGAUUUGUUACGGAUAAACAUAUACACUAGAUAUGGGAUUCCAGUACCAACAUUUUAAGAAUGCAUUUUCUUCUUUACAGACUCUUCAAUGGACUGAAUGGGGUUAAGAUAGAGAACCAAGGUAAACAAUCCAUGCUUAUGUUUUUGAAUGUUUCUGAAGAGGACUACGGAAACUACACGUGUGUGGCCCUGAACACCAUGGGGAUCACCAAUGCAAGUAUAAUCCUCUAC